AAACCCACGAAGUAAGACAGUGCUGUGUUGACGAAUGAAUGAAAACGGGUUUAAAAAUAUAAAUUAAUGAAAACCCUUAAUAAAUAUAAUUUAAAAUCUUCAAGCCAUCUUCGAUUAGAGCCCCUAUAAAUUAAUAAGUGCUGUGAAUGUACAAAUGUCAGUGAAACAAAAUGUAUUUUCCGAUUGGUUGGCCAAAAGUUUUGAAGAACCUAACUGAUGAUAAUCAAAUUAUUAAACAGAUCGUGUCAAAUAGAGACAAAGUACUGUUCGCAGUGCUUACGGAUGACUGUCUCAUGGUAUGGUUCUGUAAGCCGACUCUACCAAUAGUUUACCACAAAAGAAGUACAGAAUCAUUGCAAAGACUUGGUGUUAAUGUUGGUGUCGAAUGGAAACCAGAUUCAUCUAUGAUAUGUAUUUCAACAUCAGAAGGCCACCUUAUUCUCUAUAACGUAGAGACGCUCAGUGAUCAAACAGCAUACCAGCAGUUUGAUCCUCCAACAGCAAGUCUCCGACGAGACUCAGCUGAGCUUUUUGUUAAGGAAGUAAUACCAUCACUUAAAAUAUCAUUGUUCAAAGAAAUCUUAGUAUGGGAUGGUCAGAUCACCCGAAUGUGUUGCAUAUCUGGUACAGAAAUCCUAGUUUGUACUACACGAGCACAUCUGUUAAGGUACAGAUGGGACGGUACACAGAACCGCGAUUACUGUUUGGACUUGGGCCGUAUACCAUUCUCUAUAAAUCAACAGGUUUCUAAAGCCGAACCGAUAAUCGAGGAUAACACCCACGUGAAUGACAUAGAGUACUCUCCUCUUGUCUGCGGCUUUGGUAUAACACUCAAUGAUGGCAGAGCAGCGUAUCUCACCGCUCCCAACCUCAAGUUCGAUCCUAAUGCAGUCCAGGGUAUUUGGGCCCAGGGUAUCGAUGAUGCGACGUGCACUAGAGUCAAUCACAAGUUUAGGCUCAUCGCCAUCGGAAGACGGAAUUCUCAAGUGGAGGUGUUCACGAUAGACGAGGCGACUGGCGGACUGGAGCUGUCGCAUACGAUGGUGCUCAGCUCCAAGGACUUUCCCGGCGACCCCGGACCAGUCAAAUGCAUCAGGUGGACGGCAGACGGUCGCACCGUGGCAGUGAGCUGGUCUCGCGGCGGCGUGUCGGCGUGGAGCACGUUCGGGGCGCUGCUGAUGUGCUCCCUGGCCUGGGACUACGGGCUCAGCCAGGACCUCGGCAGACACGACCCCCUGCUCGUCACCAGUAUGGAAUGGGCCACGGAGGGCUACCAGCUGUGGAUGGUGAAAGUGGAGAACGAUUCCAGAACGAAUCUCAUACAGUUGGACUUCGUGAAGAGUCCGCUAAGCGUCAACCCGUGCAUGAGCAACCAGCGCCACCUGUACCUGCAAGCCGACGACAAACUCUACAUAAACAUAGAGGACAAUCUCACGAAGCGCACCAAGAUCCCGAUAAUCGACUCCUCGGCGGACUCUUACCAGACGGAGAACGGGUACCAGGAACCCGCGGCCCUGGACUACGAGCCCCCCAGCAACUACAAGGAGUUCGUCGACGACAACGAGUGCAGGAAGCAGUGGAUCGUGCUGCCGCUUCCUGCCACCUACAUAGCCACUAACUGGCCUCUGCGGUACAGCGCGCUGGAGGGGGGCGGUGCGCACGUGUGCGUGGCGGGGCGCGCGGGGCUGGCGCACUACAGCCGCGCCGCGCGCCGCUGGAAGCUGUUCGGGAACGAGGCCCACGAGAAGGGCUUCCUCGUCACCGGCGGCAUGCUCUGGUGGAGGGACCGCAUCGUCGUGGGCUGCUACAACGACCUGGACGGCCACGACGAGGUCCGCUUCUACCCUCGCGAGUGCCGCCUCGACAACAAGUUCGCGAAGAUAGUCCGCGUGCAGGCGCAGGUCUUCGCCCUGGACAUGCUCGACGACCAGCUGGUGGUUUUCGGGGCGGACGCACUCGUCACUAUAUACGAGCUGACGUGUGCGGAUAGUGCCGGCGACAUCGACAUGCGCUGCGUGCAGGCGGUGGACGUGUCGGCGCUGUCGCACCCGGCGUGCGUGGUGUCGGCGGCGCUGUGCCGGCUGCAGCACCCCCAGCAGCACCGCGCGCGCAGCCCCGCCGCGCCGGACUCGCUGGUCAUAAACGCGAGCGGCAGACUCAUGAUGGUGCAGAGAGAAGAGUACGACGUCGACGAAGACAACAAUCCGGCGUACAGCUGUCUGCCGGCAACUGUGCUGGCUUCUUGCGUGGAGAGCGUUUGGUCGUGCGACAGCGGCGCGUCGGCCACGCAACUGUCGCGGGCGUUGUGGCUGUGGUGCGGCAGUCUUGGAGCCAGGGUGUGGCUGCCGCUGCUGCCGCGCGACGCCACGCGGCACCCGGACUCCGGAAGGCACACGUUCAUGGCGAAGCGGAUCAUGCUGCCGUUCCAUUUGAAUAUAUAUCCUCUCACUAUACUCUUCGACGAUGCGAUCCUAUUGGGUGCAGAGAACGACACUACACUGUACGCAUCGGAUUCGAAUUCUGUAUUCUCCCUGCCGUUUUGCGUGGUCAACAGGACUAGCCAAGUCUACCUUCAUCAAAUUCUAAGGCAGCUAUUAAGAAGGAACCUUGGCUACCACGCCUGGGAGAUAGCUCGGUCCUGCUCUCAGCUGGCUUACUUCCCGCACUCCUUAGAGCUACUCCUCCACGAGGUUCUGGAAGAGGAGGCAACCAGUAAAGAACCGAUACCCGACGCUCAGCUGCCCAGCAUCAUAGAGUUUGUGCAGGAGUUUCCUGUCUAUUUAGAAACAGUAGUACAGUGCGCGCGGAAGACAGAGAUAGCGCUAUGGGCAUAUUUGUUUUCGGCAGCAGGGAAACCCAAGGAGCUGUUCCAGCAAUGUCUGCAGAGGAAAAUGUUGGACACCGCCGCCUCCUACCUUAUAAUAUUACAAAAUCUAGAGAGUUCGACAGUGAGCAGACAACUGGCCACGCAGCUGCUGGACACCGCCCUGCAGCAGGAGAGGUGGGACCUCGCCAGAGAUCUAGUCAGAUUCCUCCGUGCCAUAGAUCCCAACGACGUGGAGUCUCCCCGCAACUCCGUGAACGUGCAAGCCAAGUACGGGCAGGUCGCGCAGUCGCAGGCCGUCAGCCCCAACGCCGAGGACCUCUCCGUCAUACUGGGGACCAUGCAGCUGGCAGGCGGGCGGGGCCGCAGCUUCAGCACGACGGUGUCGCCCCGGGAGCCCUCGCCCCCCGCGCCCGCCGCGCCCGCGCCCCCGCCGCCGCCCCCCGCGCGCGCCACCGCCGCCGUCAAACGGAAGAAGUCCGUGCCUGCGAGGAGCGAGAGGGAAUCAUACAACGGUACCGCCGAAGAAUUCUUCAUAGACAUGAUGAUACAGAGGCACGCGCGACAGCUGCUCAUCCGGGGGAGGCUGGCGUCGCUGGGCCGGCUGGCGGCGUCGCUGGACCUGCCGCUGGUGGGGUGGCUGGCGGCGGAGAGGGAGCGCGCGGCGAGGAUGGACUGCGCCGUGCUGUGCCUGCGCAGGGUGCACAAGGACUUCUCGUGGCCCUACCCCGUGCGGGAUGACGACGAGCCCAGCAGGAAGCUCAGCUUGUUGCCCGUGGACUCGCACAGCCCGGCGGCGGACGCGGAGAGCGCGUGCGGGGACAGCGGGUACGUGAGCCUGCCGCUGCGCACGCAGCCGCCCGGGCCCGUCAGCUCGGUGGGCGAGGGCAGCGUGGCGGAGGGCGGCGGCGUGUCGUGGGGCGACGCGCCCGAGCGCGAGGAGCGUCGCUACGCCGCGCUCAUGGAGCGGCUGCACACGCACCAGGCGCGCAAGGGCGACCACGUGCCGCACGUGCAGCUAAGGUACUUCCUGCAGCUGAUGACGGAGGCGUGCUGCGUGGAGUGGGCGCUGGUGGUGGCGGUGGUGCUGCGGGACGCGCUGGCCGUGCUGCGGACCACCAACGCGGCGCGCUCCGCCGACGUCACCGUGGACGCCGUGCGCAGGCUGCGCCGCGCGCUGCACGACCUCUGCGCCUGGGCAGAGUCCGAGUGUCAGGGCUACCGUCCCUUCAUGUCGGCUAUCAGCAACCAAAUACCGUUCCUAACAUCGAUCAUCAACGCUCGCGAGCGCCGCACCUCGAUGGUGAAGACCCGCGUCCGGACCCCCAGCACCGGCUCCCUCAACCAGGACCCGAAGCCGAAACCCCAGCCGGUCAUUGAACCGAAACUGCCGCAACCUCAGAAGGUUCAGGAGGUGAAGCGGAAGGAGUCUUCGGUGGCGGCCGUCGAGGUGUCGGAGGUGGUGAGCAGGCCGCUGAGAACGAACGCGCCAUCGCGGGACGAAGUAUCCACCGGUUGUGCCAUUACGUAGACAGAUACACGACUGACGUUUCCAGCAACACCAGCCUUCACAGUAGCAUCCGUGGUUUUUGUUCGAUACAUUGAACAACAUUUAAAUUAUGAGCAUAGAUAGAUCGUUUGUAGAAUUAAUUAACGGUGAUUUUUAUUUCUGUCGCAUCUCUCAACUAUUGAUAAUAAAUGUCCUUUUUUUUUCGGGAUUCGUUCAAAUUCUAAAUCGAUAACCAAGUCAUUUUAGAUCAAAGUCCCUAAUGUCUAACGUCAAUGUCAACCACGCAACUGUCAGCAUGACAGUUGACAUAUACACACGUUCGCAUUUCUAUCGGACACGGUAAUACCCAGAAUGCAAAUGGAAAUAUGGGAUCCGUUGUCCCUAUAACUGGUACAUGGAGGUACUAAGGAAACUAACACAGAACUGAAACAAUCGCGACCUGUAUCAGUUGAUGAAAUAUAUAUAUUUCAGUGAGGUUGAUGAACAAAAAGUUGUGAGAGUUUACCGGAUCACUACAAUAUUAUAAACAUUAUUAAUCAAAGUGUUCUUACAACCAUUUACUCAUUUUACGAGUUCUCAAUAUUUCCGAUUGUUCUCGUCUGUAAUGGUGGAUAGCCGUGAAAUUUUAAACAAUUAUGUACGGUAUAUUUGUAUCCCAAAAAAAAAUCUAUUAUUAUUUCCCGUUGAAGUUAGACAGUAUGGGCUGGGUCUAGAAGCAUAUAGAAAUUGAAAACAACUUAGAUCACAUUAAUAGAUCGUUUUUAUGCGUCGACGGCAUUUAGACAUGUCGCAGGCGGCUACUACAUGGAACUACAAUGAAAAGCCAUUGGCUCCGUAGAGAAUUCGGAAACAGGCUGGUUCAUUUCAUAACCUUACUUAAUGUGAAAAUAGUACUUAACAAGGAAAAGCAAUAAAUGAUUAAUAUUAAGGAGAAUGUUUGCUCAUGUUUGUAUUUUUUUUUUGCUCAGUGCAUUAAUUAACACGUGUAAUUUCAGCUGUUUUUUUUUUUGUAAAUAUCUAUCGUUUUCUAUUAAGCUGAAUACGUAUUUAAAUAAAUACAUGUGAAUGCUUACCUUAAAAAGCUACUAUAAAAUUUAAGUUUUCUUCUAAAUUUAUUCACUCUAUAUUUAUUAAACGAACAUAGUACUUUAUUACAUAUAUUAAAAGAAAACUACAAAAUAAUGUUUGUGAACAUGGUCUCUGAUACUGCUUUAGCCCACUGAGUUUCUCGCCGGAUCUUCUCAGUGGGUCGCGAUUCCGUUCCGGUGGUAGAUUCAACGAAGCACUGUACUUCGUAAGGGCUAGUGUUAGUAAAUUCUCUCAGGUUGAGCCCGUGAACUUAUCCACCCGUUAGGGCGUAGCUGGUAUAGCCUGUUAGGCUACCAGCGAAUAGGUUGGGAAAAAAUACUGCUUGGAAAAUCGUAUUUAAAUAUGUAUUCAGCUUAAACUCUCCCACCACAUUGGUGCCAGUUUAAAAAACAAAACAGAAACAUUUUAAAAACAUAUUAAACCGUUUAGUACAAAAUGUAGUAAUUUUCACUGUGCCCAUAAAUAAUAUUUAUUUUAAUUCGUUUUUGUUUACUGAUAUUAUUAUUAUUGUGAACCUUAGAAUUUAAGAUUUAUUAUUCGACAUUCCAACAACAAUCGUUGAUAGUAAAUAAAAAUAAAUUUAUCAAUACAUAACUUUUAAUGUGUAAAUAAAUAAAAUUCGUAAACCUGUUUUGAGUUUUGAUUUUCAAACGCAAUAGCUACAUAUUAUCGGCAAUCGUAAAAGUAAAAAUGACAAUUAAGUGUCAAAGAAACGUCACAUCCAACUAUUUUGGUUUUUAACGAUUGAUUCACGGGUUUUUUUUUUAAUUAAUUCUACUAUUUCAAAAUUUCGCCUCCCUCUCGUCAUCUUGUAUUCGUAAAUGUAAUUCAAAAAUGUAAGUGUAAUUCACUAAGUAUAAAACAAUAUACCCUUCAAUGGAACCGUGGAAUAAUUUUCGUAUUUUUGUAUCGCUUGUGCUGUAAAACUUGUCCGGCUUCUUGUUCGUAGUGUUAUAACUAUCUACUUAAGUUCCUAAUGGAUUUUAUAGAAGGAGAACCCGGUAGACAAUUAUGUAAAUUCAACGAUUACAAAGAAAAUUUAAAUGUAAUUGAAGUACACAAAACCGAAUAUUAUUAAACUGGAAUAACAUCGUUAAUUAAAUCAUCGCAAUAUGUACAAGCUUUUUCUUUGCUGCUAUGAAAGCGAUCGCGAUAGCUAUAGCGUUUGAAAAUUAAACCAACUUUGUGAUGCAUCUAAAUGGUUGUUGAAUUAUUAUUUCGAUUGUUAGGUCAAUUAAGAUAAUCAGACUAAUCGUUUGUAAGGUCCAUGAUAUUUUAGUGAAUAUUGAAUUGUAACGCUUUGUCGGAGAUCAGUUUUGAUUAAACGUCGCCUGUUUGAAUUUCGGCACUUGUCGCGAAAUGAAAAUUAGUUUUUCAUUUUUUUAUGAAAGUAAGUGUACACCGCUGACAGUCAUUCGAGUGAAAUUUCGCUAAAGUUUAAAAACGCGGAAGUGAAACAUUUGAGAACGAACCUACAAAAAAGUCUGCUGACUUGUUAAGUCUGUAUACCCGCCACAACUUGAGAAGCUUCGCACAGUCGCGAUAAUCAGCAGAUCGUCAGUACACAUUAUUGUGCUAAGUGCGAAUUUUGUAACGUUCUCGAUAGCGUAAAAGUUAUAAUAACUCAAAUUUGUAUGCAGCUAAAACAGCGCUCCUAGCGGCAAACUUAGGAAAACGUUCCAAAUCCAUACAAAUUUAAGUUAACUUUUACGCUAUCGAAAACGUUAAUUAACUCGCACUCGCCACUCAACAAGUUAGAUCCGACAAGCGUUCCAUUAAGUUUAGUUAAGGUAACAGAUCAUGUCACAGUGUCCGGUGCUAAUAAAUAAAUAGUUUUUAACUGUAACGUUUGAAAUGAGUGCAGACUUCUUUGUCUCUUCAAUGUUUUCCCUGAAAGGAUUUCUAAUUAGAUAAACAAAUGAAACUAGUGCUGUAAUUAGUAAGUUAAGUAAGCGUUGUUUUCUAUUUACAGUUAACAGCGUGAAAUUUUCAAGAAAUGCGGGUAUAUUUUAUUUUAUCGAAAUUUUAACACGUACUUGUCAGAUUUAUCGGUUGUAAAAUUACUCGCCUCAUUUCAUUUUCAGACGUCCGAUCAUUUUAAAUUGAAAACACGUAUAGAGAGAACCGAUGCAAUAAUUCUAUAAAUUUGGAAUGUGGUAGUUAAUGAGUUUUUUUUACUAUAGAGAGAUAUACUAUAUUGGGAGUAUGGAAUUAGUAUGGUGACCAGACAUUAUGUCUUGCAAUAGUAAAUGUUUAUUAUACAAUUAAAAAGCUUAUUAGAAGAAAUAAGUCAUAGAUUUCACGCCCGGAACUUUUACAAAACUAUACACGAUAGUCCAUUUGGAAUAUGCCUACAUAACUGGAAUCCGUAGACUGGAAUGGAAUGCGUGACUCAAAAAUGAUAAUUACAUAGUCAGGUCAUAAAUUCUGUCACAUGUUUAAUGUAAAAUAAUUGAAACAAGUUUAUUCAUUAUGUAACCAUUCAUAUACCAAAAUGAACUUAACAAAACAUAGAUUCUUAUGACACUAAAGUUUAUUCAAAAUGACCUCCGUGAUUUUGAAUACAGGCCUUCAAUCUGCGCGGCCAGUCGUCUAUCGCAGCACGAACGAGGUCCAUGUCAAUACCGGCGGCUGCCUUAAUCAAGGAUGUCUUGAGUGACUCCAAAUUGGGAUGAGGCUUUGAGCACGCCUUUUCCUCCAAAUGUUGCCAUAUCUUGUAAUCUAACGGAUUCAAAUCUGGACUGGAGGAGGGCCAGUCUUCGUGCCGGAUGAAGUCGAUUUCACGCGCCGCCAGCCAGUCUUGUGUGCUCUUCGCUCUAUGAGCUGGCGCCGAAUCUUGUUGGAAUACCCAGUGCCUGUUAUUGAACAUGGUAUGAGAAACAGGUACCACAAGGUUCGUCAGGACUGUAGUUUGAUACACAACUGCAUUCGUUUUUACACCUUUCUCACAAAAAUAUACCUCAGUUAAGCCCCAAUAAGAAACUUCCAACCAUACCAUGAGCGAGGAUGGAAAAUGACCUCGUUGGACACGCGGAAUACGGUUGCUCGCUUCUUCACUACUGUGUGCGUACACCUUAUCAUUUUGUUUGUUGUAGCUCUCUUCUACCUUUUCUACACCCUUUUCACCGUGGUUCUGCUUAACCCCAUCUGAAGGGCCAACAGUUUCUGCUUACGUUUGGGAUUUCUUUGAAUUCGCGCCUUCACAGCUUUUAUCACUGCUGGAGUCCUAACAGACCGAGGGCGACCACUUCUUGACCUGUCAUCUACACUAGAGUCUUCAUUGUAUCGUUUGAUGGUACGAUAAACGAAUCUUUUGGUUAUAUUCAAAUUUUUCAGUAUGUUAAAAAUUUGAAUUGGCGCGUAACCGCAACGAUGCAACGCAAUAACUGCAACACGGUCUUCUUUAAGCGUCCACUCCAUAUUUAAAAAUGAGUAAAAUUCUAAAAGUAUACAUUUUUAUUUUCAUGAACAAUUCUAAAUUCGAAUUCAAUAAACUUUUUUGUGGCCAGCAUUCUAAAAGAAAAGUUUUUACUGUGUGACAAUACUUAUGAACUGACUAAGUAUAAUAACAUCGAACUGUAAACGGAGCUAUUGAAAUGAACAAAUAAUGCUAUGAGAUUGAAUACAUAUCUUCUGGUAUACAAUAGUCAAUGUUGGUCGCAAAUAACACAAAACUAUUGUUUUGUACUAUCCAGUUUUAAAAAUACUCACUAAAUAAUACAUUUCCUACCGCGCGAUGUAUGUAUAUAGAAUUACAAAACAAAAAUCAUCUAAAACUAAAAUAGAAAAUGAAAUUUUGCAGUUGUCCUAAAUUUAUUCGUAUUAAUUUUGUUCGGGCAAUGUUUUAUGAUUAUUGUUGCGAGCAAUUCAAAAAGACAUAUCAUGACAAUGCAAUAAUCGCGCACAAGUAAUUUCCCUGUUAAUGUAUUCCAAAAUAUGUUUACCGUUAGCGAUACCGGAACGUUGACUAGGUUCAGUGUUUAUUUAUAAAAUUUACUAUUGUUCUAAUGUAAUUAACUUUAUCAGUUGCGAUGAGGCACAGAAGUAGUCUAUUCAAACAGUCCAAAAACAGUCUGUACUCAUUUUGACACGUAACUAACCUACAUUCUCAAUUUUGAACUUAAAAUGUUGUAUUGUUAUAAUUUUGUAAGAUAUUAACUUUUAAUAUACCUUAAUAAAAUAUACUGAUCAAAUUUAA